AUGGCCGCGCCGGUAGAUCCAGCGACGAGAAAGAAGGUGUUGAAAGUGGUGUUCUUCUCGCUGUUAUUAGAUUUGAUCUCAUUCACAUUCAUAUUGCCUCUAUUUCCAAAGCUGCUGGAAUUUUAUAGGAAUCUUGAGGCGCCAACUGCCUUUUCCUCUUCAUCCAAGUCUCCUACACUUCUCGCACAUAUCCUCACAUAUCUUAACACAUACAAAGCAUCAUUCGCGAAACCAAUCGACUCUCGAUAUGAUAUUGUGUUGCUAGGUGGAGCUCUUGGGAGUUUAUUCUCCCUUCUCCAAGCUCUCGCGUCCCCUAUAAUCGGUACUCUCUCAGAUAAAUAUGGUCGUCGCACAGCGCUCCUCGCCAGCAUGACUGGCAACAUCCUCAGUGUCCUCCUCUGGGUAUGCGCCACCGAUUUCCGUACCUUUCUCCUCUCGCGCGUCGUUGGCGGACUCUCAGAAGGCAAUGUUCAACUCGCAAUUGCAAUCGCCACAGAUAUAUCAGAUGAGAAACAGCGUGGUGCAACCAUGGCUUUGGUGGGAAUAUGCUUUAGUAUAAGCUUUACAUUUGGACCUGCAUUGGGUGCUUGGCUCAGUACAAUUAGUACUGUGCAGGCAAAUCCUUUUGCCACUGCGGCUGGAUUCUCUCUAUUUUUGAUUGUGACAGAAACCAUUUAUUUGUAUAUGUGUUUGCCAGAGACAUUACCUAGUAAGGUUGCGCAGGCUAAGUUGAAUGGGGAGCCGGCUGCUACAAAUGGGGUUACCAAGGCAGCCGGUUCUUCGACUGAGAAGACGCAAGCUAAGAUGGUAUCCUCGAGUACUGAUGGGGUGAAGAAGCAGGGAAGAACAAAUUCCCACUUCCUACUUAACCUUACCCAUCUUUCUUUCAUUCUGUUCUUCUCCGGCAUGGAAUUUUCCCUUCCUUUCAUGACAUACGAUCUUUUUGGCUAUACGUCCGCACUAAAUGGUCGUCUCUUAGGAUAUAUGGGACUUGUAGCAUCUCUUCUUCAAGGAGGAGUAACCCGACGUCUUCCGCCUCUUCUUUCCGUUCGCAUAGGCGUAGUCUCGUGUCUCGGCGCGCUAUUCCUCCUUGCCCGCAUCAACACCGUUGCAGGUCUCUAUCUAGCCACUACUCUCUUAGCCGUCACAACUGCAACAGUUGUCACGGGUCUCAAUGCACUUAGUUCAUUCGAAGCAGGCGAGGAUGAAAGGGGUGGAAAAUUGGGAAACCUAAGAAGUUGGGGACAACUUGGAAGAGGGCUAGGACCAUUAUUAUUCACAAGUGUCUAUUGGUGGGCGGGAAGAGAAGUGGCAUAUAGUAUCGGAGGUGUGGGUCUCAUGGGAGUGGCAUUAUUGGUUACUUUUGGAUUAGAGACUCCGGGAGGAGAGAAAGGAAAGAAGAUUGGGGAUGUUAAAGAGGAAGUGGGAGAGUUGUAG